CUCCAUUCACCCGUCGGCUGCCGCCGCGUUCGGACGUGCCACACGCGACUCGCCGCGCCCGCGCUCGCGUCCGCAGCCCGCACGCAGUGUACGCGGGACAUUUCCAGGGGUCCCAGUGAUACGUGAUCGACAACGGGUCCAGUGCGUUGGUGCGCGGUGAUCCGCCGGGAAAUGCCUCGCCGUCGCUCGACCGGCCAUUGAAAAGUGCAAGCAGCCCCCGCUCGAUUCUCGUUACGUGAGAAGGAUCUACGCUUCGCGAUCCACGGGCGAGAUGACGGUCGCUGGAAAGAGAUACGUGGACUGCACGGUACUGGGCACGGGCAGCAUGCCGGACGCCGAGGACUCCUCAUACGACAGCGACUACGAGGCGGAGGACUCGACGACGGCAACGGCGACGACGACGUCGUCGACGACGAUGACGGCGACAGCGGCGGGCCGACGUCCACGCUCGGAGUCGCAGGUGUCCCCGGCGCACCCGGACGUCUCGCGCACCACGUCCGACACCUUGGCGGCCGAGUUCGCGGAGUACGUUACCAUCCAGGGGCCAUCGCCCACGCAGAGCCCGGGUUACACCGCUCGCGUCGAGUUCGCCCUUAAGCUGGGCUACACCGAGAAAUUGGUGCAAGCGGCGCUACAGAAGCUGGGCCCGGACCCGGGGCAGAACGAGCUGUUGGGCGAGCUUAUCAAACUCGGAGCUACUUGCUCCCCAAAGUUCACCGACGGUUCCGAGGAUGCGGACGGUCUGCUGGACGCCGAGACGGGCAUCGACGAGGGCGGAGGGUCGAUCCUGACCUCGACGACGGCGACGAGCGCCACGGCGACGAAUGCGAUCUCGCCGAUGGACCUGAGGCCCGUCGUCAUCGACGGCAGCAACGUCGCUAUGAGUCACGGCAAUAAGGAGGUGUUCUCCUGCCGCGGCAUCAAGAUCUGCGUUGAUUGGUUUCGCGCCAGGGGCCACAAGGAGAUCACCGUUUUCGUGCCCAAGUGGCGGAAAGAAGCCUCGAGACCCGACAACCCGGUCGCCGACCAAGAGAUCCUAGGCGAGCUCGAGAGAGAUCGUCUUCUCGUGUUUACACCCUCCAGGUUGGUGGGUGGAAAGCGUAUGGUGUGCUACGACGAUCGGUACAUCCUAAAACUGGCGGCGGAGGUCGACGGCAUCGUCGUCAGCAACGACAACUAUCGGGACUUGGCACAGGAGAAUCCCGAGUUCAGGAGGGUCGUCGAGGAGAGAAUUCUGAUGUACAGCUUCGUGAACGAUCGAUUCAUGCCACCGGACGACCCGCUCGGCAGGAGCGGACCUACCUUGGAGAAUUUCCUCAGAAUCGCUCCUAAAAAGAUCGAUCCUGCUCCUCCGUGUCCUUACGCCAAGAAAUGUACAUACGGCAACAAGUGUAAAUUCCGGCAUCCCGAGAGAGGUCCACACCCGCAUAAAUCUGUGACGGAGCGAUUGGUGGAGCACGCUCAGCGCCACUUACAAGCACGUGGACCCAGCCUGAGCCUGCCGCUGCCGUCCACGAACGCAUCCGUGUCCCCGCAGCAUCCGCCGCUCUGCAAGGCCAGAUCAGCCGUGCCGCCGAAUGUCGUUCAACCUUUGUCGUCCGUCCCGAAGAGCAGAUCGGUGGAGAACGUCACGUCCGACUUGUCCGCAACUAGUCCCGCCAUGUAUAACCAGCAGAUGCCUCCUGCACAGAAUCCUCAAGGUUACCCAUCUGCGGUGAACUGGACCACGCCAAGAGUAAGCAAUCCCGAGCCAGAACCGGUGAACAUGCAUCGCAAGUUGCAGCGGCAGCUGACUCUGAAUCCAGCGUGUGAUCCGCGGCUUUAUCAACUCAGACGAUAUCAUCAGCAACAGCAGCAAACUGGCCAGUCGCCGCAGCAGCAGCAACAGCAAUCGGUUAUCAACCCACCGCGCUCCGGUAUGCAACACCGACCGCUGACGAGACUCACCAGCAAUGAGUCGUCGUAUCCAGUUACCGCCAUGAGCUGGGACCAUCCCGACUGCCUUCAGCAUCAUCACCAGCACGUGAUGCGUAUCGCUUCCGCUCCGGAUUCUUAUAGAGCGUGGCCGCCGCGCGGUAACGCCCUAGUGCCGCCGUCACGGGUGCAGAGGCUAGGCACCUCGGACCCCCAGCUGAAUCUGUUACCAUCGCCGCCGUCCGCGAGCUUGCACGUGCCCUGGGGCACGCAGACCCAGGAUGUUCGACGUCGCCUGCACUACCACCUCGCCAACAUCUUCCCGGAGGAGCAAGUGCAGACCGUCAUGGCGCUUCAUCCGCAUGAGACCGAUCCUCAGCAGAUCUGCGCCGCCAUUCUGGCGAUGUUCCCCAAGAAUCAGAAUUGACGCGAUUACGAAUUUCGCAUAGAAUAUUCGUGGAUUGGAGCAUUGAGGAAACUACCUACGUAUGAUAGUUUUUAUUAUUUUUUGUAUAUCACAGAGAAAUUGUAAUGCAGAAUGUAAGUCUAACGAGUAUCUGCAUUAAUUAAUCGAAUCGUUACAAAAAAUAUUUGUAUUUUUUGGAUCUUUAUGCCUUUCUCUCUUUGUUCUUCGUCUCUCAUUCUCUUUUCUGGAGUACUUGUUGCGUUUUCGUCCUACUAGCCAAGAUAAGCUAGUAUUUCUUGGACGGAGAAAGCGAGAGAUAAAAACUAAUAACGUGGCACAAAAAUCUAAGAAACGUCCUAAUUUUUCAGAUGUCCACUUAGAUUGUCGCAUUGUUUGGGAGUGAUUAACGAGAGAGAAACGGUUGUGCAUGAUGAGCGCGCAUUAGUCUAGGGCAUUACAACACAAAUUCAUUGUUAUAUUAUUCGGGGAGUAAACGGUGAGAGGAUCCGUACUUUAAUCUGUCGUUUUUAAAUGUAAUAAACAUGCGUCAUCGAAUUAUCGUCUCACAUUGAGCCGAUCAACUUCUGUCUUGUCGACCGCGCUCGCGAAAUCGUCUUGUUCCUUCGCCGAUCCCUAUUUACCGAAUUCCAACUAAACUUUAUUUAUCGCAGAAUAACGAUUUAUUGUAGAAUUCUAAAUAUUGUAGAUUGCAAUCAACGGUAUUUUUUUACUUUAAAAAAGAUUAACAGAUGACUUCGUCAGUUUCGUCAGUUGUGUCGCGCAAGAGAAAGAGAAGACAUUGGUCGUUGGCAGGUUGAAAGGAGAUGUAAUUUUUUACACAAGACGAUGCCGCGAAAAUCGGUCGUUUAUAUUAGCGGCUGUGAAUUAUGGAAAACCCAUAUAUAUAUACGUACACAUAAUUAUCUGCAUGCAUAUAUACAUGUAGAGCUAUGUGUAUGUAUAUAUGUAUAUCGCCCGGCGAUAUUAAUAUAUGUAGUUCGUAUUAAUAUAGUACAGGAUGUAUAGAGAGUCCAAUUACAGUCAAUAGAAUCGAGUCUCUUGCGAGAUAAACAAGAGUCGAUCUUUUGACUCUUGUUGAUUGCAAUUGGACGUUCUAUAUGUGUAUAACACACGAAGAGCAUUUCGGUGACCUGAAACAGGACGAAUAAUAUCGUGCAAAUUGUACGAGGAUUAAUUAAUAUUUAAUCGACUUUUAUAUCGCUGUUUUUCCACCUCACAUUGGAGAAUAUUGUACAGUAUUUUAAUCCACGGAACUGUCGAUUACAUAUUGCAGCUGUAAAGCUUACGAAGAAAAAAAAGGACUAAUUUUCGAAUGUUACUUUAACUUGAUUCAGUCAGGAUACAUUAAGAAUUUUUAUUAUUUACCAUUCAGAAUCCAUUUGAAAUCUAUCUUUUAUUCGAGAGGUCGUAGAAUAAAAAAUAGAACGUCGUUAAUGGUCCAAUGGGCUGAGAUUAAUCCUUUUAUGCCAGAUGUGUUUAUUUUUAUAGCAAACGUAUCGCGGUAUUUUUAAAAUAACUGAAGAGAAAAUGAAUGAUUAAUCUGUAACUAAUACAAUUUUAAAUACUGUUUUAUGAAAGUUUAUCAAAUUUUAUGUGCGUGCGUGUGUGUGUGUAUGUACGAAAAAGUCAUACGAAAAGUUAAUCAAAGAAAGAAGUAAAUUUGACGAGAAUAUUUUAACAAGUGGAUAUUUUACAAUUUAUAGUUCAUUAAUAGUAUAAAAGGAUUUAUACUAUUACUAAAGGAUUUUUAUAGCCCCCCCCCCCCCCUACGAAGAUCGCGCGAUCUUUUUGUCUUUUCCCCUCGUCUUUCCCAUGUUUAUUUAACACAAAUGCUACAUAAGAUUUUAAUAUAUAAAUAUAUAAAAAUAUAUAUACAUACACGUAUGUGUGUGACAUGUGUAUACAUAUGUAUAAUGGCAAACAUGCCUUCUUUCCCCCUCGGAAUCGCAAUACCGUGUAUUGCUGAAAAUCCGCGAAUUGCGAAGCAAAUACUAUAUAUAUAUAGUAUGUUGUACCUAACAAAGAAGCGAAAACAUUAAUUAUUCUGUACUAUGAAACUAAGAAGGAGGAAGGCGAUAAUCGUUUCGGUUGUGGAGAACGAUUAUUAUUAUUAUUAAUUUUUAUAACUGAUGUUAAUCUAUUUGCGUAUGUGCGUGUGGAAUUUGUAUUAAUGUUAUUGCGAAUGGAUAUUGCAAAUAAAGGUCUUUUUCUUUUAUUUA